UCCCUUCAAUAAAUACUGCUAAUGUUUGCAGUUCUCUUACCUUCGGACUUUGAUACCCAGCUGAAAGGCGAACAGCUGAAAUCGGCACGUAAGCAAUGGGGGAGUUUGAGAUCUAACAUUCAAUCACAAGUUUGACUAUGGGUGAAUCUGGCAGCAGACGCAUCAGGCUGGGGACCAGAGAGGUGGCGCUGGGCUCCCCGGACCUGCAGUGCCUUCAGCCCGCCAACCACCUGUUGGAAGACCCGGUGGCGCUGAGGCAGGAAAUGGCGGACAAGGGCUAUCUCUUCAUCCGAGGCCUGCAUGACCGUCAGGAAGUACUGGAUGCGCGUCUGGAGGUCGUCAAGUACGUUAAAGAAUCAGGAGAAGAAAAAUUGGAUUCAUCGUUUCCAUGGCAACAAGGAGUUCUGGACUCAAGAUGCGGACGGGGGUGUGUUCCAUUCAUGGAGGGCAAGAACUCCAUCACACAUUCUGACGCCGUUCUGAGGGUCAUUGAAGGACCAAGACCCCGCGCUUUCUUCAAAACCCUUCUGUGUGCGGAGCCUCAAACAUUCGACUUCAAAUGGUUAAGAGCCAUGUACAACGAAGGUUUUACCGGCGCCCACGUUGAUUGGGUGUACAUGUCACGUGGUACGGACCAGGUCUACACCAUGUGGACACCGCUUGGUGACGUUACCAUGGAGAUGGGCACGCUAGCCGUCUGUGAGGGUUCCCAUAAACUCCACAGUUUUCAGCACUUUCAGGAUACAUACGGAAGUCUGGACAUCGAGGAAGCAAAUCUGAAAGGAACCGGCUGGUUCACAGAAGACCCUCUGGAGAUCACGCGGCGGUUUGGAGGCCAGUGGAAGUCUGCAGACUUUCAAGCCGGCGACGUCCUGAUCUUCACCAUGAGAACCGUACACAUGUCGACUGUGAACAGGACACAGUUUGCCCGUGUCAGCUGCGACACAAGGUGGCAGCCAGCCGGGUUGCCAUGCGACCCUCGUUUCGUUGGUGACGUGCGCCCGGAAGGCCCCAGGUUCGGUGUGUUCGGCAAGGACGGGGACGUGAAAGACGUCGAAGUCACCAUUGAGGAGUUGAAAGAAAAGUGGGGCUUUGACCAACUGUAAAGGCUAAUCAUUUAGUAUGACGUGUUGCAAGGGCAGCUGGAGGCGCUUGGGAUAAAACUGUGGAAUAAAAUAAGUUGUACAUGUGAGAAUCAGAUUAAAGCCUGCUGGGAUGGGUUGAGUAAAAGGAAAACAUGAAAAUAUCAACAUUUUUCUGAUCGCCCGACCGUACGUUUAUACCCAUGUCACAUUAUCCACGAUCUUCGGGUGUAUCGAUGGAAGAUCGGCCAUAUUUAAUUAAGAUCGACAGAGGGGUGCGUGCAUUUUUCACCUGAAAACCGUCCCUGUCACAUAUA